CUGUCAGCUGCUGGUUGAGAGGGGAUCGGAGUAGCCGGGUUUGCUUUCUCUUCCUGGGUCUGUGCGCUAGCCCCGGAGCCCGGCAUCGGGGAACUAGGCGGUGUCCCUGGCGGCAGAGCGCUCAGGUUUGAGGAUUUCCUGUGGAUCAUUCAAAAUGAUUUUUAGACAUACUGGAUAAGAGCUGAGCCACUGCCUGCGUGGGACUUCUUCUCUGGGCUCCAUUGUCUUCUGAUGGCGUUUUGACUGUGUCAAGGCCAAGUGACUAGCUGCUCACCAUGAGUGAUGAGAAGAACCUUGCUGUGUCCCAAAAAUUGGUCUCCCCUUCGAGAAGCGCAAGCAGCUGUUCCUCCAAGCAAGGAAGCCGGCAGGACAGCUGGGAAGUGGUGGAAGGACUGAGGGGGGAGAUGACUUACACCCAAGAGCCACCAAUUCAGAAAGGAUUUUUGCUGAAAAAGAGGAAAUGGCCCUUAAAAGGCUGGCACAAGAGAUUCUUCUAUCUGGACAAAGGAAUCUUGAAAUAUGCCAAGAGCCAAACUGAUAUAGAGAGAGAGAAGCUGCACGGCUGCAUUGACGUUGGCCUCUCAGUGAUGUCUGUAAAGAAGUCAUCCAAAUGCAUAGACCUUGACACCGAGGAGCACAUCUACCAUCUGAAGGUGAAGUCAGAAGAAGUCUUUGAUGAGUGGGUAUCCAAGCUCCGUCAUCACCGAAUGUAUCGUCAGAAUGAAAUCGCCAUGUUUCCACAUGAAGUUAAUCACUUUUUCUCAGGGUCCACGGUCACAGACUCUGCAUCUGCAGUGUUUGACUCCAUUUCAAGUAGGAAGCGUAGCAGUAUAUCAAAACAGAAUUCAUUUCAAGCUGGAAGCAAUUUGUCAUUUUCUUGUGGUGGUGAGACACGAGUUCCAUUAUGGUUACAGUCUUCAGAGGACAUGGAAAAAUGCUCGAAAGACCUGGCACACUGCCAUGCCUACCUGGUGGAAAUGAGCCAGCUCCUACAAAGUAUGGACGUCCUGCAUCGGACCUACUCGGCACCAGCUAUCAAUGCCAUCCAGGGCGGAGCUUUUGAAAGUCCCAAAAAGGAAAAAAGAUCGCACAGGAGGUGGCGGUCCAGAGCUAUUGGCAAAGAUGCUAAAGGAAUGCUGCAGGUCCCUAAACCUUUUUUUGGUCCAGUAAGACUGCACUCCUCCAAUCCUAAUUUGUCAACACUAGAUUUUGGAGAAGAGAAAAAUUACUCCGAUGGCUCUGAAACCUCAUCAGAGUUCUCUAAAAUGCAGGAAGAUCUGUGUCAUAUUGCCCAUAAAGUUUACUUCACUUUAAGGUCAGCUUUUAAUAUCAUGUCAACGGAGAGAGAGAAAAUGAGGCAGCUGAUGGAGCAGGAUUCCUCCUCCUCCCCUUCUGCUCAGGUCAUUGGUCUGAAGCACGCCCUGUCAUCCGCCCUAGCACAAAACACAGACCUUAAAGAACGCUUACGCAGAAUCCAUGCCGAGUCUCUGCUCCUCGACCCCCCUGCUGUCGCCAAGUCGGGGGACAAUCUGGCAGAGGAAAAUUCCGGAGAUGAAAACCGAGCUCUGGUCCAUCAGCUUUCCAAUGAAAGUAGACUCUCCAUCACUGACUCCCUCUCAGAGUUUUUUGACGCUCAGGAAGUUCUGUUAUCUCCAAGCUCUUCAGAAAAUGAGAUUUCUGAUGAUGAUUCCUACGUCAGUGAUAUAAGUGAUAAUCUUUCCUUAGACAAUCUCAGUAAUGAUUUAGAUAAUGAAAGACAGACCCUGGGGCUCGUUCUUGAAGGUGGUGGGGAGGCAAAGUCCAAGAGAAGAACUUGCUUGCCGGCCCCGGGCCCCAACACCAGUAACAUCAGCCUGUGGAACAUCCUGAGGAAUAACAUAGGGAAGGACCUGUCCAAGGUGGCCAUGCCGGUGGAGUUGAACGAGCCCCUGAACACGCUGCAGAGGCUCUGCGAGGAGCUGGAGUACAGUGAGCUUCUGGACAAGGCCGCACAGAUUCCAAACCCCCUGGAGAGAAUGGUGUAUGUGGCGGCCUUUGCCAUAUCAGCAUAUGCGUCCAGCUACUUCCGAGCUGGGAGCAAACCAUUCAAUCCGGUCCUUGGAGAAACCUAUGAAUGCAUUCGUGAGGACAAGGGCUUCCAGUUUUUUUCAGAACAGGUCAGUCACCACCCACCUAUAUCUGCGUGUCAUGCUGAGUCUAGAAAUUUUGUUUUCUGGCAAGAUGUAAGAUGGAAAAACAAAUUCUGGGGCAAAUCCAUGGAAAUUGUCCCAAUUGGCACAGCACAUGUGACUCUGCCAGCUUUUGGAGAUCAUUUUGAAUGGAACAAAGUGACCUCUUGUAUCCACAACAUCUUAAGCGGCCAGAGGUGGAUUGAGCACUACGGAGAGAUUGUCAUCAGGAACCUGAAUGAUGAUUCCUGCCACUGCAAAGUGAAUUUUAUAAAGGCGAAGUACUGGAGCACCAACGCCCACGAGAUCGAAGGCACGGUGUUUGACAGGAGUGGGAAGGCGGCGCAUCGGCUGUUUGGGAAGUGGCACGAGAGCAUCUACUGUGGAGGCUCCUCCUCGUCCACUUGUGUCUGGAGAGCGAAUCCCAUGCCAAAAGGCUAUGAGCAAUAUUAUGGCUUCACACAGUUCGCGCUAGAACUAAAUGAAAUGGAUCCAUUGUCAAAGUCUUUUUUGCCACCUACUGACACUCGAUUUAGGCCAGACCAAAGGUUUCUAGAAGAAGGGAACUUAGAAGAAGCUGAAAUACAAAAGCAAAGGAUAGAACAGCUACAGAGAGAGAGGCGGCGGGUCUUAGAAGAAAAUUACGUGGAGUACCAGCCUCGGUUUUUCAGGAAAUCGGAUGAUGACUCUUGGGUGAGCAACGGCACCUAUUUAGAACUUAGAAAGGAUCUUGGCUUUUCCAAACUGGAACAUCCUGUCUUGUGGUGAAAAAGUGAAAAAGAAGAAGAAGAAGGAAGAGUUGGUGUACUUCUGUGUGUGCUUCCUGUGUCUGCACACGUAAACGAUAUUCUCUGGAAUGAUCGCUUGUGCUUAGCUUAGCCUUGUAUUUAAGUAUAUAUUUUCUUCGGUGGGUUUCUUCGCUAUAUCAAAUGUUAUCAGGAUUGUUUAUAUGAAUGGAGAACACCUUGGCAUUUCUUUUUAUAUAUAAACUAUUUAAUAAAAACGAACGAUUGAAUGUUAAUGUGUGGGUUAAAAAAAAAAAAGAAGCUUUAACACUAAUUUUCCAAAGGUUAGGGAAAAUUCAAAUCAAAUUUCUGCCUUAUAAAUUAUAUUGGAGGAAAAAAAAAAAUCAACCUCUCCCAGGUGCGGUAAGAAAUAAGCGAAAUACCCGGGGUCACUCACCCAUGCGGAAGCUACCCAAGUUUAAUUUGGUGGCUGAGAUAUCUUUUUGCCUCAGACAGCUCCUGAGUUGCUCAGACAGAACAAUUCUGUUGGGGCUGGAGUCUGAAGAAUAUUUUCACGUGCAUUUUAGUGACUGGGGUGGGGGUGUAAGAUUCAUGGGAUGUGUCUUUGUAUAUGACGGAUAUGACACCUUCUUGAUAAAGAAGCCUCUGAGCUCAUUCUUCCCUGUAGUUCCUAUUGCCUUAUGUGCAAAAUCAUACACUCUUGCUCAGAGAAUUUAUCGUUAAUUAGAGACUUCCCCCAUUAAUGAAAUAUCAUAAUGGCAUCCCAUAGAAGUAGGAGGAAAUUUCUCCUUAUCAGGAGCUGAAUCCUUAACAAGAAAUGACUUCCUGCUUCCCACUCCGCCCCUAGCUUGCCCACCCCUCCUGUUUGACCCUCUCUGUUGAGUAGGGAGUGUCCCUGUUUAGAAAAAAAAAAAAAAAAACAUACAGUUCAUUCCACACGGCAGUUUGAUUUUCUAAAAGUUUAGCAAAAUAACUGAUCGUUUUGAAUAUCUCAACAUGUUUUUUUUAAAUACUGUUCUAGUAUUUUCUACCUCUUAAUAAGCACUGUAUUUUAGAUCUUGUAUAAAAAGUUGGACCAUCUGCCUUAUAGACAAACGUAGAGAAUUGAUGUUCUUCCUUCGUGCUGUAUUCUGAUAAAGCUUUAAGUGUCUUAGCCCUUUCCUACAAUUUCUUGUUAUUCAUAUCACUCUUUUUUGGGUUUUGCAGCAGUCUUGAAUAAUAUUAUAAUUUCUAAAAGGGGAAAUUUUGUCUUUCUAAAUGUGUUAUUUCGAAUUACAGUAAUAUAAUUUGUUUAGUAGUUGAAUGGUAUUACCAAAGCAGUUCCACCCUCUGCCCAGAUUAUGUUAAAACCAAAGCCUAAUUGUUAAGCCUUUUAUUCUAAUAACCAUAACAAUCCUAAGGACUAUCAGAUAAAAGGAUGUGGUAAAAAGCUUUCUCCAGAAAACAUUUUUAGAUAUUCACAGAAAUUCAGGGCAUAUGGAAUGUUAUAAGUGAAGAGGAGACUAAAAAAUAGGAAAAGAAUGGAGGAUUUUUCAGUAUCACACCAAAUAACCAGCUGGACAGCAUUGCAUUUUCAAAAUGGAGAGUUACUUAAAGUGGGUCUUCUCAACCUGCGAGUGACUGGCAUUUUAAAACCACUCAUUAAAUAUGGGAUUCAUUUAUUCCAUUUUACGGAGACGCCAAGAUGAAUACAAUGUGAAUGUCAUUUCCAUUUCUAAGCCUUUGAAUGACAUAGUCACGUUGUUUGGUAUGUGUUUUGUUCCUUCCUUUUCAAGUAUUUAUCCAAAUUCAGCUCACAGACUGAGGAAGCGGGAUAUAGGUUUAAGAGUCCUCAAGGGGAAAACAAACCCGGUGUUCAAAUGUGAGGGUAAACGUAACCUUUUAGUAAUAUUGGCUGUUAAAUUGACUGUUACAGAGGCUGGCUCAAACAAGAAAACAACAACAAAAACAAAGCAUACAGCCUGAAUGGAGGUAGCAUUGUCAUGUGGGAUUUGGAAAUUCUUUAGUUGUUCUGAUGCUAUUAUUUCAAUUUGUCUUAUGCUUUAUUUUGGAAUCAGAAGGACACUGGACCAAACAUCACCUUUGUAGUCAUCUUACUUGAGAUGGGGCUGAGGAUGAAUUACAAUAUGAUACAGAACGUAUGCAGAUUUAAAAGUCUACGAGUUAGUGCCAGCAUCUACAAAGGACUUAGCUGAACUUUAACAGCUUGGUGAUGCAUCUUGAUGUAUAAGCUUAAAACUACCUUCAGAGGGAAAUGGCUUCUUUCCUUCUGUUCCUUUUCUCAAAAGCAUCUUGCCACCAAAUUUAUAUCUCCACAUUUUAUGUUUUUAAGAUGAAGAAAACAGGAGCAUGGCAUUCUUUGGGCAGAACUGAGGUAGAAUUUAAUUUUCUAGGCUUUUAAUCACCCUAUCAGAUAAUGCCAAUCACUGCACCAUUUGAGAUGCAUAUCUUGACCUCUCUUUUAUUCCUCAUUAUGCCACCCUAAAUUUCUGGUGAAUUACAAAAGAAAUUCUUGGAAACAGGACUUUGUGCAGGCAACCACCCACUUCAUCUGUGCACUUCAGAUGAUGUUCCCAUUGCCACUAUUGACUACCCCAAACCACUGGAAUUCCAUCCAGCAAUGAGCCACCAGUCUCCAGGGGAGCAGGGGAGAUCAGUUCCCUCCCCAGGCCCCACAGCACCCCAAGGUUGGUAUUUCCCUGAGUCAAAGCUAAUAAUAAAAGCCUCCACGCAGCCCCUCAGUAGAGUUCCCACCCUGCAGCCAGGCUGGCUCUGGUCCUAACUAAAGAGAAGAGAAUUCACUUGCAGGCAGCAGGUACCAGGAUGCCUGGGCAGCGCUGCGGUCCUCCUGUACUUCAUAGGGGACUCUGCAAGGAGAAUAUACAAGAUGAUUUUCUUUGAUGUUUACUUCAUUGGGGCUGCUGCUUUUCUCCUUUUCUACUUUUAAUUACUUCCAAUAAAUUAUUUGCUUGCGCUUCAAGCACUGUCUUUCAUCUGUAUUUUCCAGAUAUAUGGUGAGUGACCCUGUUCUACUGUUAAAGAUGUCAAGCCUAAAAGAAAAAUAAUCAAGUUUUGAUUGGGCUGUGGAACUUUGGGUUAGGCCUGCUACCUACCACGAACAAGUUCCACGAUGCCUCUAGCUAUCGUAGAAUCUCCUGAAACCUUGCAGUUAGGAACAAAAGCAACAAGUUGUUAGGAUCUUAGGAAUAAUAGUUCCGAGGU